AUGGAUUUUGUUAAGGCACAUCUUAACUCCAAAAUACUCGUGUUUCUUUCUACCUGUAAACAGGUGAUUUUUUUUGUUGUUGAAGCAUUUAAGAAGUGGAGGCCCGGAAUUUCGCUAAAAUGCCUUCACGGGAGGAUGAAGCAGGAGAGAAGGAUAAAUAUUUAUUCCCAAUUAUGUGAACAACGUUUUGUUCUCGUUUCCACUGAUGUGGCUGCUAGAGGUCUUGACUUCAACAAAGUAGUUGACUGGGUUGUCCAAGUAGAUUGUCCAGAAGAUGUUGCAUCCUAUAUACACAGACUUGGUCUAAUUUAUAAAGCAAACAUGAAAAGGAUACAACCAAUGUAUGGACUGCUUUCAGCUUUGUUGGUGAAGCAUUUUGAACUGCAAGAGCUUGUUGUAAAGGCGUUCAUAAGAUACAUGCAAUGUAUACAUAUUCAGAAGGAAAAAGACGCAUUUGAUGUGUUGCAAUUACCCAUUGAUGAAUUUGCAGCUUCAAUGGGUCUGGCUCUCACCCCUAAUAUUCGUUUUGUAAACUGA